AUGAAGAAUUACAGUAAAAACCCUGAAUUCCUACUGCUUGGACUUUCAGACAUUUCAGACCACCGGAUUCUUUUGUUUAUGUGUUUUUUAAUAAUGUAUCUUCUGAACCUACUUGGGAAUUCUACAAUUAUAUUCCUGGUAAGAUCAAACUCUAAUCUUCGCACACCCAUGUAUUUUUUCCUAGGCAAUUUAUCCUUUGUUGAUAUGUGUUCUACAUCAACAAUUGUACCAAAAAUGUUGGCCAACAUCAUCUUAACAUCAUCGCUUUAUCUGGCUGAAUGUAUUGUACAGUUGUAUUUUUUCCUUGUCUUUGCGUGCACUGAAUGCUUCAUUCUGGCUAUUAUGGCUUACGAUCGGUUUGUGGCCAUCUGUAGCCCACUGCAUUACUCUAUGAUGAUCAGUAACAGAUUGUGUGCAAUGCUUAUCAUAGUUUCAUGGUUGUCUUCUGCAUUACAUUCAUUAUUGCACAGCCUGAUGGCAUCUACUUUGAAGUUUUGCGGAAUAAAUACAAUCCAUCACUUCUUCUGUGACAUGACUCCUCUUUUGCAUCUAACAUGUUCCGAUACAUCACUCAACAAGCUAUUGAUCUACACUGAAGGAGGGUUACCGGUUUUAAUACCAUUCAUAAUUGUGCUGACCUCAUAUGUGCGAAUUAUCUCCACCAUUGUCAAAAUCCGUUCUAGGGAUGGCAGAUCAAAAGCCUUUUCUACUUGUUCCUCUCACCUCAUUGUGGUCAUUUUAUUUUACGGAACCAUAUUUUUUAUGUACAUGAGGCCAUCUUCUAGCUUCACUGUGAACUACGACAGAAUUGUGAGUGUUGUAUACACAAUUGUUGCUCCAAUGCUAAACCCAUUUAUCUAUACUUUGAGAAAUAAAGAAGUGAAAGGUGCAUUGAAAAAAACAUUUGUCAAGAGAAGAUUCUAUAAAAGUUAA